CUCGACCAAUCAGACGGCGGGAUCUUACGUCCCAAUAUGGCGACUACAUUGAGUUGCGAAUUGUAAAUGAACAAAACCCUGAUGCAUUGACUACAUAAACAAAAAUAUUUUGUGGUUUAUAAAGAGACAGGAUGAAGGUGGUUAAUCUGAAGCAGGCGAUCCUGCAGGCCUGGAAAGAGAGAUGGAGUGAUUAUCAAUGGGCAAUUAAUAUCAAGAAGAACUGUCCUAAAGGAGCCACAUGGGAUUAUCUCAAUCUAGCAGAAGCUCUUCUGGAGCAGGCCAUGAUUGGUCCAUCACCCAACCCUCUGAUCCUGUCUUACCUGAAAUAUGCCAUCAGUUCACAGAUGGUGUCUUAUUCCAGUGUGUUGACUGCCAUCAGCAAGUUUGAUGAUUUUUCACGCGACCUUUGUAUCAAAGCAUUGCUCGAGAUUAUGGACAUGUUCUCCCAUCGGCUCAGCUGUCACGGCAAGGCGGAGGAGUGUAUUGGCCUGUGUCGAGCCAUGCUGUGUACUGUGGUUUGGCUGCUGCAGGGCUGCGCCUGGUACUGCGAGAGACUGCGGGAACCCGGCCCACAACCUGCAGUAGAGAACAGUCUCAGAGCCUGCCAGGAGCGCAUGACCAAUCUACUGAACAGCUCCAAGAACAGAGCCCUGGUGCACAUCGCCCGCCUAGAAGAACAAGCGUCCUGGAUCAAUGUAGAGCAGGCUUUGCUGAAGCUGUCAGAGAAUCUUGGUGCUGUAACCAAUCAGACACUAAAGGAAAAGCUUGAGGAGUGCGUUUCAUUGGUCAAAAGCAUUCCUCAGAUGCUGUCUCUUCAGUGCGAUCCACCAGUGCACACCUCAUUUCCUUCUGUCCAUGCUUUCAUCAUGCUGGAGGGAACCAUGAACCUUACCGGGGAGACACAGCCAUUGGUAGAGCAGCUAAUGAUGAUCAAGAGAAUGCAGCGUAUCCCAUGUCCGCUGUUUGUGCUGGAGAUCUGGAAGGCCUGUUUCACCGGAAUCAUCGAGUCUCCGGAGGGAAAUGAGGAACUCAAAUGGACGGCCUUCACCUUUCUAAAGAUUCCUCAGGUCUUGCUAAGGCUGAAGAAAUACCCACAGGGAGAGAAGACACAGGAUUUCAUGGAGGACGUGAACGUAGCGUUUGAGUAUCUUCUGAAACUCACUCCACUUCUGGAUAAAGCCGACCAGAGAUGCAACUGUGACUGCUUGGGUCUGCUACUGCAGGAAUGUAGUAAACUGGGCUUGCUGUCUGAAGCAAACACUGCCAAUCUCACUGCAAAACGGGGUGAGGAUAGGGAACAUGCGCCCAGACUGAAGACAGCAGAGAAUGCCAAUAUUCAGCCCAACCCAGGCCUCAUACUGAGAGCUGAACCAACAGUCACCAACAUCCUAAAGACGGUGGAUGCAGACCACUCUAAGUCUCCCGAGGGGCUGCUGGGAGUUUUGGGUCACAUGCUCUCAGGAAAGAGUCUUGAUUUGCUAUUGGCAGCUGCUGCAGCGACAGGAAAACUCAAAUCUUUUGCUCGCAAAUUCAUCAAGCUAAAUGAGUUUCCCAAACACAUCAGUGGAGAAGGAUCAAAGUCUGCGUCAGUGAGAGCACUGCUGUUUGACAUUUCCUUUCUCAUGUUGUGUCAUGUGGUACAGACGUAUGGCUCAGAGGUGAUUCUCUCAGACCCCAGCCCAUCCGGUGAAACACCGUUCUUUGAAACAUGGUUGCAAAUGUGCAUGCCAGAGGAAGGGAAGACCCUAAAUCCAGACCACCCCUGCUUCAGACCAGAGUCUGGGAAGGUGGAGAGUCUGGUGGCACUCCUUAAUUCCUCAUCUGAGAUGAAGCUUGUUCAGAUGAAAUGGCAUGAAAUCUGUCUCAGUACACCAGCCGCCAUACUAGAGGUGUUGAAUGCCUGGGAGAAUGGAGUGUUAUCGGUGGAGGCCGUUCAGAGGAUCACUGAUAACAUCAAAGGGAAAGUGUGCAGUAUGGCCAUCUGUUCAGUGGCUUGGCUGGUGGCUCAUGUUCGGAUGCUGGGAUUGGAUGAGAGAGAGAAACCUCAGACUAUGAUUCGCCAGCUGAUGACUCCUAUGUCUGGAGAAAACAACUUACAGUUCUACCAUGAGCGCGUUGUUAUCAUGAGCUCUAUUCUAGAGCACAUGUGCGCAGAUGUAUUUCAGCAGACGGGACUGUCCCUGCGGCCAGCGAUCGAGGGUCAGGAGCCCAUUCCCUACCGGAACCUUCUGCCAGCCCGCCAGCCCAUUCGUCAGGCCCUCCAGAGUCAAUUUAGAGAGGUUCUGGAGAAGGGUUGGGUGGACUCACGGGCAUUUCACCUUUUUGAGAAUCUGCUAUAUAUGGGAGGAGUUUUCUGGUUUACCAAUAACCUGGUGAAGGAGCUGCUGAAGGAGACCCGUAAGGAGUGGGCAUCUCGUGUGGUGGAGCUACUGUACAGUAUCUUCUGCCUGGAUACCCAGCAGAUCACCCUGACCCUGCUAGGUCAUAUCCUGCCCCGCCUCCUCACUGAUCCCGCCCACUGGCACAGCCUAGCAGACCCGCCCGGAAGAGCUCUGGCCAAGUUGUCAGUGUGGUGUGCUCUCAGUUCUUUCUCAUCUCAUCAUAAGGGUCAAGCUUCAGCGAGACAGCGGAAGAGACAACGCGAGGACAUAGAGGACUACACCAGCCUGUUUCCAUUGGAUGAUACACAGCCAUCUAAACUGAUGCGUCUACUGAGCUCCAAUGAGGAUGAGCCGGUUGCGUUAUCCAGUCCAGGUGACCGUUCAAUGAGCAGUUCACUGUCUGCCUCUCAGCUUCAUACGGUUAACAUGAGAGAUCCUCUUAACAGAGUGCUAGCAAACCUGUUUCUGUUGGUUUCUUCAUUGCUGGGCUCUAAGACAGCAGGCCCACACACACAGUUUGUUCAGAGCUUCAUUGAGGAGUGUGUAGAGUGCUCAGAGCAGGGCAGCCGGGGCAGCAUACUGCAGUUUAUGCCCUUUACCAUGAUUUCUGAACUUGUGAAGCUUAAAACGCUGGCAAAACCCAGAACUGUGCUGUCCAUCACAGAUCUGAGUCUUCCACUGGGGCGCAGAGUGGCAGCUAAAGCCAUCUCUUCUCUUUAGAGGACCUCACUUUAACAUCUGCAACUCAAUCUGUUGAAACUGUCAACCCGUGGACCACAUGUAAAUGUACGCUUUAAUAUAUGGCAUCACAUAGAGAAAGUUCUGGUAACCUCAGUUUCAUGGGAAGUGAAACAGUUUUUGUUGCUUUGACGUCUGUGAAGUGUAAAACAGCUCAGUGUUAGUAAUGAUUUGACAUAUGAUGUGGGAACAGCCGUCAACUAACAAGCACCUGCUGACUGCUCUGUAUUUCCAUCAUUCAAACGUUAAUAACAGAAAGUAACGUGUUUUGUUUGUGUUAUUAUACGUAGUGUUUGUGAAUUGUAUUGUCUUGCCAAAACAUUUUUAAGUUAAAAUUAGUCAAAAUUAUUUGGAUUUGCUGCAAAAUAUGAAAACCCCAGACUGUAUAUUUUUACUACAAUUGCAAUAAAACAGUAAAAGCA